UUUUGAAUUCAAAUAGCGCUAAACAUUCUCUACACUUGUAUCAAUAAACAGAAAUGCAAAUAGACCACAUGCAUUCAGUCAUAAUUACUGCAGUUAGCGACAGUUUUGUAUAUUUGUUACCCGACUGUCUAGAUUUAGAUUAUAAGAGCACUUGUAAAAGAUUGAGGCAAGGAGGAAGUGAAUAAAAUAAGGACACAACUAAAAGAAACACAUGUAUUUCCUGUGUCUUAUUGAGUUUUCGGCCCUUACGUUUGAGUCUCUCAGGGGCAAAACAUUUGGAUCGCUUACAAGGGCGCUAACGACAGUUGGAUGUAAGAUUAUCUUCAGAACAGAAAGUAACACAGUAUGGCGCUCCCAGAGAAAUAUAUCAUAAACUAUGCGAUGUUACUUCCUGCGCUCUCCAUUAUCUUAUUUUUGUCAUUUCUGGAGAAAAGAAAAUGUCGCCAAAACAAAUGUAAUCAUCGUCCUGCGUUAAUUAUUCCGUUUCCUUCACUAGACAGCUAUGAGAACCGUGUGGCGUAUGUUGUUGCCUUUGGAACCACCCUCAAUACCACUGCGAUAGCAAUAUUUCAUAGUCAAGCUUUAGGAUUUCAAAUGCCAUUUAUUUUGAAAGCCAUUGAAGUAUUAUUUCAAGCCUUGUUGGUCUGUGUUCUCUGUUUUCCCUACUUCGCUUGUGUCAGCACGAGGUACAGGGCAGCUGGUGCUAUCAUCAACAUAAUGUAUUGCUUAACCUGGUUUGGCAUAGAUGUCGCUUAUUCUGACGAAGAUGAAAAAUCGACUAUCUCUAAAAUGAAAAGUUCUAAAGCAAUUUCUGUUUUGAUGAGCCUGCCCAAUUUGAUAUGCCAGAUCAUCUUUGUUCUCUACUGCUGCUACAUACUGUACAGAUGUUACACAAGUAAAUGUUUGCUUGAUAAGCAUAUUCCAGGAGCAGUUAAACCUCAUCAAGUGGACCAUGUUCGUUGGGUGUUUAGGAAAUCUAAAGAUAAACUUUAUCAAGCAUUACUCACUGAAUCUCAAACAUCUUUUAUUGCAAGAAUAAGCAAGAGCAAGAAACUGAAGUUAUUUACGAACUAUCCAUUCUUCAAGUAUCCAACCAAACUUGUUUCUAUACUGUUCUUUCAACUCAUAACAACUUAUCUGUUGGCAUUGGCCACGAUUUACAUCAUUUUGUUGAUUGAUUUUCUGUUCGAUACAAUGGAUAGCCACAUGUUCAACAUCUUAUCUAAAUGUCCAAUUUACAGUGAAGGUUAUAACAUUAUAAUAGCAAGUCUUUCCCUUUCCUUGAUAGUUGCAGUCUUCCAGUCUUUGUUUAACAUAACAAUGUUUGCUAGGAACUACAGAUAUCACAUGCUCAAAUUUUACCAAGGAGAUAAAGACUUUGUAUCAGAUUGGAAAAUCUAUUCAUCAAGUUCAAAUCUGACCUCGAGCGUCAACUUUGUUGGCUACGCCAUAAUAUACACAGUCUGGUGUUUUGUUCUUAGUUUUCUAGCGGUAGGCAUCAUUUUAAUUGUUGCACUAGUAAUUAUCUACAUGUUUUACAAGUUCAAUAAGAUUGGAAUUUUGAUCCAGUGGUUCUUUGUAGUUUUGAGCUUCCCACUUCUUGGUCAACUCUUCAGACUUCUUAUGUUUCUAUUGAGUAAAAAGUGUUUGCUGCAAAGAAAACUUCAAGAAACAGACAAGGAACACCCUCUUAAUGUGGACAACAGGAAACUUUUUGAAGUGCUCAGUUAUUUUUACUUAUAUCUGAGUUUAACUGGAGGCAUAUUCUCAUGUCUAAGGAGAUUCAUUUUGUCUGCUGCUUUUGGAUUUUUUUCACUGGGUAGACUCGAUAAAUCUAUCUACUCCAGGGAUGUACAGAAAUUUGAUGGAGCUUAUGCUACUUACGUUGCUAUGCUCCACGUUGACAACGCCCACAAUAAUCCUUCAAUGAGACUAUUUGCACAUCUUUUGUGGAGUAAAGUUUUGGUUACCAGGCUACGUAAUUCUGGGGGGAAUGAUGCGGACAUGUCUCAGCUGGUAGCUACAUUAAAUCACAGGACAACAAGUUCUGGUUCUAUAAGGAAACAAGCCAACAUAUCUGACAUUUUCAUACUUUCUGACAUAGCUGAACAAAAAUCCAAACUGGCUACAACCAGAUGGUUCUUGGCCUACACCUUGAUAAAUAACCCACAACUUCGAGCCGAGAGAAGGAAGAAGGAUUCGCCUCUGAAACAAGCAAGCUUUGAAGAAAUAAAUCUACAAAUUGAAACCACUACUUAACAGUUUGACUAUAGCACUUUAGCUUUUUUCAUUCUAAAAGUUUUUGCAGGAAUUUUGGGGAUUUUAAAGUUGUUGGAUUUGUUUGUUUCUUAACGUGAAUAAAAAAAUAAUGAUAAAGAGAUGAAAGAUAAAAAUGUGAAAAUAUGAUGUUGUUGUUUUUUUUUCACUUGACCAGAAAUGAAGAGAAACUGUAAGUGAGGGAGGGGGUAGUUAUCUGGGAGGGUUUCCAUGCUGCCUUUUGGAUUUUUUUCAUUGGGUAGACUUGAUAAAUCUGUCUAGGCGCUCAGUAAACGCAGCUGAUGACAGAUGUAGUGUAACUGAGUUGAUUUUCUGCAUGCGUCCAGAGUGUCAGAAGGUCAUGCCCAGUGUAUGUGUUUCAUGUCCAGUGUGUGUGUAUAGUAAUGCAUCAGUGUUAUGCAAGACAUGCUGGUUUCAUUCACUGUUUACUGUAGUCUAAUUUUGUCGAAUAAAGCCAUAUUAUUGGUAA